AUCCAUCUAGGACUUUCAUAUGGCCACCUGCUAUAUGAGCACACUUGCCUGUGUGUUGUCUCCUCUGAGAACUUCAAUUACUUCAGAAAUGACUGCGUCGGGGAGAGGAAUCUCAUGUUGGAAUUUUUCUUACAUGAAGAAGAUGGACCCAGCUAUCUGAAACAGAAGAAAAAGCUCUUGGUACAAAGGAUUUUGGUACUGUCCUGGCACAGUACAUCCUUGCAAGAGCUGCAAUGUAUGCUGUUUUCUCUACAGGACUAUAAGCUUUGAUAUUCAGAAGAGCAAAACUGAAAGAUGCCAUCUGAGAGGUGUCUGAGUGUUCAGGAAAUGCUGACAGGUCAGAGGCUGUGUCAGUCUAGCUCCCAUAACGAUGCUGUCCUGGCAGCCCUGAACCAACAAAGAAGAGAUGGCAUACUUUGUGAUAUCACCCUUAUUGCUGAAGAACAGAAAUUCCAUGCACAUAAAGCAGUCCUGGCAGCCUGCAGUGACUAUUUCCGAGCAAUGUUCAGUCUCUGCAUGGUUGAAAGUGAAGCUGAUGAGGUGAAUUUGCAUGGUGUCACAAGCCUUGGUUUAAAACAAGCCCUGGACUUCGCAUAUACUGGACAGAUCCUCUUGGAACCAGGGGUGGUACAAGAUGUACUAGCAGCUGGGAGUCAUUUGCAGCUGCUGGAGCUUCUCAGUUUAUGUUCUCACUAUCUCAUUCAGGAAUUAAAUAGUUUUAAUUACUUGGACCUGUAUAAGCUUGCGGACCUCUUCAACCUCACUUUGUUGGAGAAUGCAGUGGUUGACUUCUUAGUAAAACAUCUCUCUGAGCUAUUGAAGAGUCAUCCAGAAGAAGUUCUGGCACUACCAUACUGUCUUCUUCGAGAGGUUUUUAAAAGUGAUAGACUCACUUCACUCAGUGAAGAACAGAUCUGGCAGCUGGCUGUGAGGUGGUUGGAGCACAAUUGCCGCUACCAGUACAUGGAUGAACUUCUUCAGUAUGUCCGCUUUGGCCUUAUGAAUGUGGAUACACUGCAUACUGUAGCUCUUUGUCAUCCUCUUGUCCAAGCUAGUGAAACUGCAACAGCACUUAUUAAGGAGGCCUUGGCUUACCACCAGAGCAUCUAUGCACAGCCAGUUUGGCAAACCAGAAGGACGAAACCUCGUUUCCAGUCAGAUACUCUUUACAUUAUCGGUGGGAAAAAACGUGAAAUCUGUAAAGUGAAGGAACUGCGAUACUUCAAUCCAGUAGAUCAAGAGAACGUUCAUAUCGCAGGGAUCGCAAACUGGAGCGAGCUAGCGCCUAUGCCUGUAGGGAGAAGCCACCACUGUGUUGCUGUCAUGGGAGACUUUCUUUUUGUGGCUGGUGGAGAGGCAGAGCAUUCCACAGGGCGCACUUGUGCGGUGAGAACUGCCUGUCGAUAUGACCCCCGCACUAACUCUUGGGCUGAGAUAGCUCCGAUGAAGAACUGUCGGGAACACUUUGUGCUGGGAGCAGUGGACGAGUACCUCUAUGCAGCAGGGGGCAGAAAUGAAUUGCGUCAAGUGUUACCUACGGUGGAACGUUAUUGCCCCAAGAAGAACAAGUGGACCUUUGUACAGUCCUUUGAUCGGUCGCUCUCAUGCCAUGCAGGAUAUGUGGUGGAUGGUCUUCUUUGGAUAUCAGGAGGAGUAACAAAUACUGCACAGUAUCAAAACAGGCUCAUGGUCUACGAUCCAAAGCAGAAUAAGUGGUUGAGCCGUAGCCCGAUGUUGCAGAGGAGAGUGUAUCACUCCAUGGCUGCUGUCCAAAGGAAACUUUACGUGUUAGGUGGGAAUGAUCUUGACUACAACAAUGAUCGGAUCCUGGUUCGGCACAUAGACUCCUACAGCAUAGAUGCUGACCAAUGGACACGUUGCAGCUUCAACAUGUUGACAGGUCAAAAUGAGUCUGGAGUUGCUGUCCACAAUGGUAGAAUAUACUUAGUUGGCGGCUAUUCGAUUUGGACAAAUGAGCCUUUGGCAUGUAUCCAGGUGCUGGAUGUUAGCAAGGAAGGGAAGGAAGAGGUAUUCUACGGGCCUACGCUCCCCUUUGCUUCCAACGGAAUAGCAGCAUGCUUUCUUCCAGCUCCUUAUUUCACGUGCCCCAACCUUCAGACUCUGCAAGUGCCUCACCACAGGAUUGGCACAAUGUGAGACAAGGAAUGUGCACUUCAUAAAAUCAGAAGUGUGGGGGGGAAAUCAAACCCUGUCUAUAGAAAGGUUUCUCUGGAUCAGUGAGAAGAAUCAAUCCACACGGGCUGCUGCUUUACCUUCACACAUUUGUCUUAAAGUCAGAUCACAGUAGGCAGGAAGGAUGCUACAAAACCUGCCUGCAGUUCCUCUCCUCUGCCUCAGAUGUAGACGCAUAUACAUGAGAACCUUUGGCAUUUCUGCUGGUGACUACCUGCUACCUGUUUCUACUUCACUUCCUUAUGCAACUUCAUAAGGCAUUGUGGAUGCUCUCAGCUCCUCCUGGGCUGCUCUUCUUUGGAGUCUGCACGUUCAGUUGUUUACCAGUGGCACUUUUAAAGUUGAUAGGAAGCUCUGUUUAUGUUGACAAAGAUGAUAUAAUACUGUGGUAAUUAUGCAACUUACUCGAUACCUUUGGCAAAAAGAAUAACAAAUGUGUUGACUUCCAAUUCCACACUCCAUCGUUUACAGUUUCUCAUUUAAUAAUACUUCAUUUGAAAUUUAAAUACUGCAAAGCAGAUUAAAACAAAAAUAAAAAACCACAAGCCCUAUAGUAUAUGAGGAACACAUAAAAAUUGUCUCAGCUGAAAGACAAAGACACUGAAGCCUCAUGGGUAAACCCAAGUCUGAACUGAAUGUGUUUGUCUGAGAAUCUAAAGAUCAUUUGGGAUGUCAUUUACCAAGGUCUACUAUCAAAUAAAUGUUACCUUCUGUCAUAUGA